CCAGGUGCCGGAGGAAUUGCCUUUGCAGGUGAUGCUUUUAUACUUUUGAGAGGUAAGUGCGAAGAAAAAUUGUUUAAAACCAUCCUCUGACACCUGUUAUUACGUCACCGAUAACUGUCCUUGCGCGGAGAUGUUGCGUGGAGCAAAAAAACUCCGAUUUCAUUCGAGUGUUUGUGCAAUAUUUAUGCGUGACAAAUUUGCACGCAAGCACCGUUUACUCAGCAAAUUUGUGGUGACAUUAACAUAUCACUUUCCUGUUAUGGGGGUGACGGUUUCCUCCAAGAGGGAAAACAGAAUCCAUAAACACGUCCCUAAGCCAUCAUUUGCCAGCUUUUCGACAUCUGGUACAUUGACUACUGAUUCAUGCAAUCGCGAAGAUGUCGAAGGUGAGCUUUUUCAGAAGCCUUUUGAGCAAAUACAAGCUAAACUGAUAUUUUUAAACAGCUUAGUAUGGCUAACGAAGUAUACGACUUGAGUGGCUCCUUGUACCAGCUGACAUUUUGCCUCACUUUAACUUAUAAACGAUGAUACCAAUUCGCUGCGUGUUCAGUAGAAAGAUUAAGUUUUAUUUAUUAUUUUGUUUGUUUUGAUGUCUGUCUUCGCUCUUGAACGUCUUCUAGUUCGAAAUCAAAACAAUUAACGGAUACAUUUUAAACCUUUUUAUUGUAAUAAGCUUUAAGUCUUACAUUUUUUAUGACUACUGGUGAUAAUGAAGUUAAUUUAAAUUUACAAGGAAGUUUUUUUAUUCCAUUGGUUUCUCCGGUUUUAUGAAGAAUUUUAAAAAAAACUCACGACAAAGAUAUCCCACAAGUCUGGUAUCGAUCCAAGGGUCUCUUAAGGCCUGUUUCAAACUUCGAUCUACUGCUGUGCUACUGAAGCUGUCUCGACUGUAGCUCGACUGCAGCACGACACAUUGAAUUUAAUUCAGUCGAAUAGAACGGUUGUGGCCGAAAACAAAACAAAAAAAGACAGAAACCAAGUCAAGCUACUGCCAUGUAGCAUGACAAGGCUUGCCUUGUGAAAGUCGAAUUUAAUUAAAAAAAAGAUCGUUGUGCCGUGUUGGAUGUAAUAAUAAUCAUCUUUUUCCCAAGAAAUGUACAGUGAAGUUCUCUUUUUGCCAAAAAGCGCGUGUAAAUACUGAGCAAGUGCCCCUUGGGCAUCCCAUAAUACUUCUUAACUCUAAUAAAUUCAAUAAUUGGCUGCUGUAUUGGUAAAAAGGUGUAUUUGUCUGUAUUGGGGGUGGGAAGGGCGUAAUACUGCAAAAGAGGCAGCCUUAGGAUUUAUGAUCUCCAAAAGUUGGCCUUUCUGCCAUAAUAAUGUCUGUUGCCAUCAUUGUUGCAGAUUACUUACUCAGAGUGGCAUAAGAGUCUUUCAUAAAGGCACUAUUACACUGAUAUAAGCUUUCAUUAUGGGAGGUUUAUAUGGGACAUUGUUUAUAAUAACACCCAUCAAAAGAACAUGUCUCACAAUAUUGCAUUAGUCCAGCAUAUGGGUGGUUGCAAAGAGGACUAACUGAUGAUUCUUUUCAUUAAUUUUUAUUGUUAAGUAGGGGCAACUUCAGAAAACACAAGCAUGAUUGAAGUGACUGUGGGCCAGUAUGAUGACUGCUUGGAAGAUGGAACGUAAGCUGGGCAACUAUUCAUCUUAUUCUAAACUCUGCCGCCUGGUUAGCUCAGUUGAGAGAGCGCCAGUCUGCUGAGCUGGAGGUCACAGGAUCAAACCCCUGCAGGACCGAUAACCAGGGUCGUAAAAUAAUUGAGAAGAAAGUGCUGCUUUUGUUAUGACAUAAGGACAAAAAUUAUAGGUCCUGUCCCACAGCACUUUCACAUAUCUGGUUCUUGUGGGACUUAAAAGAACCCACACCACUGUUCGCAAAGAGUAGGAGACGUAGACCCCCUUGGUGUGGCCAACCUUUCCUGGGCUGGGUGGGUUAUCUGUAAUAAGGAGAGAUCUUAAUAUAAGGACAACCUCAUGAUCUGCUUUCAGGAGUCAUAAUGGCUACCUGUCAACAGUGUAGAUGUAUAACUCUUUUCUUGUUUUAAUUUACAGUGCAGGUGGUUGUACAACUGAGGCUGUUAGGAUUAGGAUUAGGGUUUGCACAUCUGCAAUUUAAACCCACCAUUCAACUCUCAAAGAAAAAUUGUAGGGUCUGCCUAAAAAAGCAAAACACAAGACCAAAUAAUUCCUUGAGUCAUUAUGUAAAGCCAUUGAAAUGGUAACAAAAAUGAUUUAACUUCAUUCAUACAGACUGUAAGAACACUGAGUGAUUAGUAUGUUGCAUGAUAUAGUUGGGUGAUUAUGCUAGCAGUUACCUCAAGUUAUCUCCAGAUAUGCACAGUUUUAUGAUGUAGAUAAACAUGUUUUCCCUUGCUGUAAUCCUUACCUAAAAGAAAGCAUUUCUCUGUAAACAUAUGGGAAAGAAAAUACAAAAAAUGUUUUAUAUGGUGUACCUAGUUAAGGUUCGAGUUAUGUGCAUUUCUGGACAUAAAUAGUUAUCUAAUUGGCCAAAAAAUACCUUAGUGGUUUAUAGAAACAUAAAAUGUGUUAAAACUAACAAGAUAAUGUUCUGUCAUUUCAUAAGACGUUGACUCUUUUUGAACUUGCAUUUACUUAUUUCCGAUUCCUUGAUGAUGGCAGCAUAUGAUUGUUGCUGAAACAUCGGAACAUUAUCUCAUUAGUUUGUGCAUGAUUAUGUUGUAAUAAAUUCAUGGUUUGCUUGUAGGAUGAAGACAAUAGACAUUGGUGAGUCAGGGAAAGCACUACUGGUGCGAGAGAAUGGACAGUACUAUGCAAUUGGUCAUAAGUGCACCCACUAUGGAGCUCCGCUUGCCACUGGACACCUCUGCAAUGGUCGUGUACGGUGCCCUUGGCAUGGAGCUUGCUUUAAUGUCAAGACUGGAGAUAUUGAGGAUUUUCCUGGUUUGGAUAGUGUACCAAAAUUUGAGGUAUAGAAGGUAUAAUAAUAUAAUAUUGAAGGAGGAAAGUCCUUCAUGACUUAGGGAUGUCACUAAGAUUUCAAGUUCAAUGAGAGCAGAUGGAAAUUGCUGUUGCUUGAAAUAUCUAUAAGUCCUAUCUGUUCAUCAGUAGGUUGCCUAAACCGUGUAGAUGUAUAGAGAGAUAGAUUGAUGGUUUAUUAAAUAAACUACUAAAUCACAGUCCCUUGGCUGAAUUAUGUAAUUUUACAAUUAUAUGGUAAUAAAACUAUGAUAAUAAUAUGCAAUAAUGUAGUAAUAGUCCAUGAAUGAUAAAACUAUAAUUAAAAAAGUGUUGACAAAUACUUUAAAGAAUGUGAUAGCUUUUUGAAAGAUAUUAAAAUUACGAAAGUUUAAAAAUUCACAGAAAUUUGUCUAUGAUUAUACCAUCUCAGCCAUGGCAUGUAUGAGGGAGUUCCUUGCUUGAUUGGUUUUCAAAUUGGAUACUCGAAAAUUGCACUGUUUUCUUAAAUUGUAACCAUUGUGGUAGUGAGUUGGAGGCAACAGGUUUCUAAUCUUAUGGUUCUGGUCCAAAAGGAUGCUUCUAAAAAGGGUGUUGCAAAGCUGAUCAUUGUGUUCUCCCAAAGGUAUAAUCCCCAAAUCUUUCAACCCAGUGUUGUAGCUGGCACCUGGCACUAUAAUCCAUAUGGCCCAUUUCUCUUUAGCGCACUAGCUCCUUUCUUUAUGUAUUGGGGAGGGUGUGGUAGAAGCAAUAAUUGCACAACUGGUUUAGGUUCCAUUAUAUUGUAAAACUUUUUAGGAGGAUCAGAGCCACCCACAAUGUGAGCACAGUUACUGACAAGGCACAUGACAGGAAAAUGCCCAAAGAAAAUGUAUAAUUUGCUUUAAAUGACAGACUAAAUGCACAAGUCAGUGAAAUAUUUAGUAAAUAAAAGUGCACACACAUUGAAAUUGUGUGCACACACACAACCUACACUAACUAAAGGGAUACUUUAAUGAUAAAAUUAACAAAAGAUAUGGCAACACUAUCCAAGCUAUUCUCAUCUCCAACAGUGUAAUAUUAUAGUUCUUGGCAUUAAUUUUGCUUAGCCGUGGAAUUUUUUUAACCCACUUGUAAAUUGGUACAUUUGCUUUUAUUCAUUUGUUUAUUGAUUUGUUUCUUUUAGGUGGUUAUCAAGAAUGAUAAUGUCAUAGUCAGAGCACAUCCAGAGGUAUUUGAAUAUUUUUAUGCAGUAUUAAUCCCUGAUCUCAACAGGGUUACCCAACAGAGUUUUUACAGGGAGGCUCCACCUCAAGGUCCAACCCCUUAACCUUUUAUAUGCCAUUUUUUAAGUAACCCCUUGUAACCUCCUGUAAUUACUUGGAAACCCUUGUAUCCUCCUGUAAUCUCUUGUAACCCCUUGGUAACCCCCUGUAACCUCUUGUAACCCCCUCUAACCUCCGGUAAUAUCUUGUAACCCCUUGUAACUCCUGGUAGCCCCCUGUAAACCUUUUGUAACCCUUUGUAAGCCCUUGUAACCUCCUGUAUCCCCUUUAAACCCUCGGGCAUUACUCUAAUUAUAAUGUAUUUCUUUGCUUAUUGAUAAAAUUAUUGUUGUUGUUGUUGGUGGGAAAAUAGAACUGGUUACAUCAGUUUUGUGACUUGAAGAAGUUUAAUGGCUGAUUUUCCUUAUAUAGCAAUUAAAAUCCCAUAAGAGAGUCAAGCAGAUGGUGAAAGCAGAUACAAGCUAUGACAAGCGGGUCUUUGUUGUCAUUGGUGGUGGUGAGUUCUUAAUCCUCUUUGUUAAAAUAUGGCAUUUACCUGGGGGAAAACCACUUAAAAGUGGUGGGAGUGCUUGUUUUGCAUUGUGGGGUAAAAUUUGUGGUAUGAUAUCACCUGGGCUAUUAUAGAAUGAUUGUUGUUAUAGAGCUGUCAUCAUGAUGGUAGCUAAAGGAUAUUGAACUUUAAAAUGACAGCUCUAUUUGUUGCCCUGUGCAUUAUUUUGGGCAUCCUAGAAGAUUUGAGCUAUGCCCAUAAAGCGGGAGAUCCACUCUGGUACCUUUAAGGGUAUUUUUUGACUGUACCUGUAUCAUUUUUAUUGGGAACACCUCCUUGGGGGGUCACAGGUUCAGUCCCCCACUUUUAGGCUUGAGACAACUAUGGGUGAAGAAUGACACUCUCCUUUCCCUCCCCCUCUGCCCCACUCCCCCCUCCCCCCCCCACACACACACACACACACACACCAGGGUAGGCUGAGAAAUUCUAAUUUAGCUUUAUAUCUUGACAAUAAUAAAAAUAUUUUCACUCUGAACCAGAGGCUGUAUUGAUUCAUGUAUACACGUAUUGAUACAUGCAGGGUUUUGUAAUCUAAGAUACACCAUUCAAUAUUGAAACCUCUUCAAUAAUACUAUCACCUAUCACACAGAACCAUGAUUUCUAUUUGUUUGACUGUUCUUUAUUGUUGUUUUUUCUUUAGUUUUUCUUUUAAUAAAUUAACUCAGACUUAACUGCGCUUAAAUACUACCCUCCAUCUUGGAUAUUUGUUGAAACCACUGUUAUAAAUUAUAUCUAUGUCAUUGUUGCUGUCGUUGUACAUAAACUUUCAUUAUUAUUUUUUCAUCCAUCAUAGGUGGUUCAGCCAUGAAAGGAGCAGAAACGCUAAGAGAGGAAGGCUUUAAAGGUAGCUAAUAAACCUUAUAUGAGUUGGACCCAAUCAAAUUUAACCCUUUAUUAGUCCCAAUAUCCACAAGCAAAUUCUCUCGACUGAUCUCCAUACUUUUCCUUAAAGAAUUAGUUGAGAUAAUUAUGUUUAAAGAAGACUGUAACAAUCCAUUGAACUAUCAAUGUGAAAUUAAUGCUGCAAUAGCGAUGGGCUGAUAGCAAAUUUGAAACAUCGAUAACAAUCGCGAUAGUGUAGCAAACUAUCAAUAGUUUUGAUAGUUUCUUUACUUCUAACAUUUUGACUUCUUUGGAAAACAAUCUAGUGUCCUACUGUACAUAGGAUUUUAAUGUCUUGAUUCUUUAACCGCAUAGUAGAUGACCACCACUUCUUAGUUAUAUCUUAAAGUAAAGUAAGGUAAAAACGGAUAUUCUUGAAGACUAUUGCAAUACUAUUGCAAGAGUACCUCCACUAUCACAAUAUCCAUGUGUCCUAUUGCAAUACAUAUAUUUGCAAUAGUUAAAACUUCCCCGAUAGCCAUCCCUAUUUUGCCUCAAUUUCCUUUAAGUGAUCAUUUUUAUACUUUUUUAUUACUUCUCAUAACCUUUUCUCUUGAUUGUGUUAUUGAUAUUGUUGGGCGAAAAUUGAUGUUGGUCACUCUUGUGACUUAAAGGGUGAACAUCAGUUCAAUGUAAAGUUUGCAGCCUUAUUAUUGUGCUUUCAGGCCGUGUUAUCAUGGUUACAAAGGAAUGUCACUUGCCUUAUGAUCGACCAAUUCUAAGUAAGGUUAGUGUAUAGCUAACCAUUUUAUUAUGCAAUUUUUUUUACAAGGCCUUCUAAAUAUGAGAGCAGCAAACUAGGGAAAUUUUGAAGGAUUUUAUGGAGGUCACUUUAUUAGGACAUAACAUUAUGGUUGAUAAACUAGCAGUAAACGGUGGUUAGGGAGUGCAGGCAAACAUGUGGGUUUACAUUAGAGAUGUGAUGGAUGAGAAAUGUUCUCAUAAUUGAAAGGUUUCCUAGAAAAGGGGCACUUGUGUUCAAGUAAACAGUCACAAGUGCCCAUUUUCUGGGAAAAUAUCAGCGGCAGAUCAUCAGCAUGGAAACUGAAUUAAACAACACAGUAACAAUACUCAUAUUUACGAUUUUAUUCACAGUUGUUUAGGUACAAUUAGCGUGUGAAUGGUGAGGAGCGAGGAGAGAAUGCUGUAUUUGCAGGCAAAGAUACAAUGAAACAGUAAUGCUUGACACAAAUAAUCAUGACUGAGCAAAGUCUUAUAAUUCAAUCGAAUAUUCAAUCCAUGUUCAAUGACCAAAGGCCGUUGAUAUCCAAUAGUAAAUACUGAAAAAGAUUUAGUUUACCACUGGAGUUUAAAGCCUAUUGAAGCUUUCGAGGUGACAAGCGAAUUGUUAGUGCUUGGAAACAUGUAAAAAUUUUAAAAAACCAGGCACUGAAGUGAAACCUGAAAAAACUUAAUUUACAUGGAUUUCUAAACUUUGCUAAUACUCGCAACUUACCGAAAACAAUUGUAACUGGCUUUUUGUCAAUAAAAUCAGAAAAUAAAUGUAAACCUUCAGCAAAAUGUAUAGUUAAAACUUUCCAGUGCUUGGAAAUUUUAAUACAAUAAAGAAGUAAAAAACCUAUCAUUGUAUUUGUUUAGCCAUGAUACUGACGGGCAAUCAAAUGGUAUACCUCAGUUAACGUUUCUCUUUGUAGAAAUUAUCUGCCAGUGCUGAUUCAAUAAAGCUGCGAUCAGAUGAAUAUCUCAAGGAAUAUGGCAUUGAAGUCCUCUAUAAUGUUGAGGUAAGGACUUGGGUGUCAGUGUACCAUGCACUUUACAGUUAAGUUGUGAUAGCCUUGACUCUUCACUUUCAAUUUAUAAAUGCCAUUUAAAACUAAAUGAAAUAUUGUUGCUGCUUUCUUUAUUUAGGCCACCGCUCUAGAUUCUAAUAAAAAGACUGUCUUGUUAAGCAAUGGGACAGAGUUAAACUAUGACAAUGUUUUGAUUGCCACUGGUGGCAAGUAAGUACUAUGAGAUAUUUUUAUAUGUAUUUUAUGUUGUUUUUGUUGUUUAGUCUGCCUCAAUGCUGAUGCCUUAGCUUUAUGUUUUGUUUUGCCAAGUUUAGUUCAGUUGAUUGUCACUCUGUUGUACGUGUUACAGUAGGUCAAAUUUGAUUUCAGGUUAAUUUUGAUUUAGCCUACAAUCAUGGACAAAAGUCUUAGAACACUUUUGCAUUUCUGGGGCAUUUUCCAAUUCACACAGGUCCAACCCCUCCCCUCACCCCACAAACAAUGUUGGAAACGUGUAUCCAGACUUUUUUCCCGAGUUGUCAGUUGUAUAAGGUGGGGGAAGGGGGAACUGCAAGAAAAUUUCGAAGAGGGUGCACUGUUUUAUGAGGGAACCAAGAAAUGACAGAAAAAUAUGAGUAUUGCAGUACUGUCCCAAGGACUUUUCUCCAUGAUUGUAGGUUGACUCUCAGUUUCCAAUGUCUCCUAGCCGUAGAAGACAAAGGAAGUUGAGAAUCAACCCAGGUUAAAAAAAUUUCGACCUGAAAUCAAAUUCAACCCGUAACAUGCAUCCAUAUCAUUUUGUGAUGAAGUCUUCUCUUUCAUUAACAGGCCAAGAAGUUUGAAAUGCCCUGGAGUUGAUCUAGAGAAUGUUAUGCUGUUAAGAAGUCCUGAAGAUGCAAAUAAGAUCGGUUUGUUUUCAGCUUUACAUCAACAAUUUGAUUUGCAUUUUACAGGAAACUAAUCAAUAGACGGUGAGGAAAAUCAAACAAAAGGAAAGAAAGACUUUAGCUAAAUUAUUUAACAAGCCAAAAUAAUAUAUGACAAUAUAUUACUCACCAUAUUAUUAUUUUAUUAUAACUUUAGUAUGUCUUUCCACAGUUGAGUUGGUCCCUGGAAAGAAUGUAGUCAUCAUAGGAACAUCAUUUAUUGGUAUGAAUGAUCUAACACUAAACAGCGUGUUAAAUAAUAUGGUCAAUCCCAUUUAAUUCUUUAUUCUGAAUGAGAUCCAAUGGCAUUACCAUUCAAAUAAAACCUCUUUAGCAGAAUUUUCACUUGGUCCUUUGUUUAUCAGCAAUUUGCAAUAGAAGAUAUGACACUUUUUUAAAAUUUUGAUUCUGAAUUCUUUACCGUAGGUAUGGAAUUGGCAUCAAAUUUUGCUGACAAGGCAGCCUCAGUGACUUGUGUUGGUAGAAGCAAUACUCCUUUUGCAAAUAUUUUUGGAGAGAAAAUUGGUGCUAUGCUGAAAAAGGUAUUGCAAAAGUUGUCUUCCUAAAGUAGUAGUUAGAAAUAACAACAAACUCUAAGACACUUACAGACAGAAGAAACCCUGCAUAUGGUUUAUGAUUACAAUAUUUGUCUUCUGAAAACUAUUUUGAAGAAGAAAUAACAAUAUCUUGAGACAGAGAGGUAAAAAUGCUUAGGUGUUAGGUGAAAAAUUGUCUGGAAUCCACACAGACAAGCAAGGUUUCACUGCUAGUGAAGUAAGUCUUAAAAAAAUAGGAUGAAGUCAACUAAUUUAUAUGACUGAGUGAUUGAAGUUAUCCUGUAUGAUUUCCCUUAUGACAUUAGGAGGCUUCAAGAAAAACAUACUUUAGUAAAAUAGUUAUUGCCAAUGAUAGAUUGAGACACACAAAAAAAUUUCCAUUACUGUGUUUUGGAAUGAAAUUUUAUAAUGAUUGUUUUUAUUGCGUUGUCUCAUCUUCCAGGUGCAUGAAAAUAAGGGUGUGAAAUUCAUCACUGAUGCAGCUGUAAAGGAAUUUAAAGGAGAAAAUGGAAAAGUAAGAAAUAAGAAAUGUAGAAUAUCGAAAAGCAAAAUUAAUGUCAUCAUACAUUUUACCUGUUUUAUUCAGUUCUUCCUAGAUGACAGGCUGUCUCUAUUUUUUUCUUAGUGCAUUACAAUGUGCCAAUGUCUUGUAUUCACCCCCUCUCGAUAAAUGCCCCGUCUUUCUGCCCUGUAGCAUCAAAGUAGGCAUGAUUGAGUUAGUUUGUGGUAAAACUCUGUUUUAUUGUUUAGUUGACAGCAGUUUGCUUCGACAAUGGCACAGAAAUUCCUGCAGAUAUUUGUAUUCAAGGUGUAGGUAGGUUGUACUUUCUUGACAUGGUUUAAUGUUGAUUUUGAUAUUAUAGUGAAAUGCAUCAAUGAAUUAUUGCACAUGAAAGAUGAAAGAACAUGUGAUAUGUUAAAUGAUCACUCUAAGGCUUAGUCUGCCACACAUCCGUUUUUAGUGUCGUCACACAAUGGCAACGAGGAGGAGCAUUGCGUGACGACCAUAAAAACGGCUGUGUAGCAGACUAUGUAAGGCUUGACUUGGAAUCGAACCUUGGCCUUUGUGAUGAUUGAACGCCACACACUACGCAACUGAGCCAGUCAAGCCAACAGGAUAGUAGGCCAUUAUUGUGAAUUUUUAAUAUUUCUGAUAGUUGAAAUAAAAAGAGAAUAUAUUUUGGAUUGAAUCAAUAAACUGCAGAUGGAAAAGUUGUUAUCUUGUAUUCAAAUUGAUUUAGCCAUUGAUCCUUCCAAAAUAAAUGGGAAGCCUUUUUUUGAGUAGAGUCAAGUAGUCUAAACAGGCCUACGUGUUUAGAAAGUGCAAAGGAUGCACACCUUAGUAGUAAGAAUUGAUUUUUUGCUCGCUCACGUCUUUCACUCACUCUGCCAUCUCUGAGAAAAUAAGUUAUUUCCGAUUUUGUGAAUUAAAGGCAAAUGGGCUAGUCAAUGAAAAGAACUUGCUUGAUUCUUUUUUGUGUGUAGUGUAAGUGGUUGCCUUUGUCUUCUCUAGGUGUUAUCCCUUCUACGGAUUUCUUGAAGUCUAGUGGAGUACCAUUGUCCAGUCGUGGGGAUGUAGUUGUUGACAAAGUAAGUGAUGCAAUUUAGGCAAAUCAGCCAUGAGUAACCAGCCACUAACUUAAUAAGUGCAGUAUAAAAAUAUCCGCAUAGAACAGUGAAGAAGCUUUCCAAGGAAACACUCAACAAAGUUUAAUACGGGAAGGUUCUUCCCCGAGGCCUAACCUCUUACCCUUUUACAUGCUAGUUUUGACAGAAAAGGUACCCAUUUCGUAUACCUUUUAUUAACAAAUGGUACCUCUUUCACAUGCCAAGUAUAGAACGCUGAAAAAUACCUGAGGCCUGAUAAGGGACCCUUUUUGGGCGGAGCCUCCUGGUAUUGGCUAUUAAAGGGAGUAACCCUUUCCCGGGCAUUAUCCACAGGAGCUGAGUGAAUGGCAUCUGCACGGACAGUGGACUUCCCCUCCUCCCACAUUACCUUCCCCUUCUUCUUCUUCAUCUGUUUCAUUCCUCCCCCACCUCAUCUCGCCCCAUCCCGGCUUGCCUAACUAAUAAUCGUAGCCAGAACCAACAGUUACUUGAAGACUGUUUUGGGAAAUUGAGGCCCAUUGCCCCACAAGCAGAAAACUAAUUUGAUGUUGUUUUUACGGCUGCUUCUGGUGGGAGGUGAGGUGGGGCGAGCAGACGGCCACAGGGUAGUAAGAGUUAGCUCCUCGAUGGGACUAGAUAGCCUGCAUUUUAAGAAAUGUUUUUUACUUCCGGCUGCUUUGUUUAAAAAUGCCUUGUAAUUUUUACAGUACCUGAAGGCAUGCGAGGGUGUGUUUGCUGCUGGAGAUAUUGCACACUUUCCUCUAAAGAUGUUGAACGGGGAGGCAGUUUCUCAAUUUGAUUUGCAUUUUACAGGAAACUAAUCAAUAGACGGUGAGGAAAAUCAAACAAAAGGAAAGAAAGACUUUAGCUAAAUUAUUUAACAAGCCAAAAUAAUAUAUGACAAUAUAUUACUCACCAUAUUAUUAUUUUAUUAUAACUUUAGUAUGUCUUUCCACAGUUGAGUUGGUCCCUGGAAAGAAUGUAGUCAUCAUAGGAACAUCAUUUAUUGGUAUGAAUGAUCUAACACUAAACAGCGUGUUAAAUAAUAUGGUCAAUCCCAUUUAAUUCUUUAUUCUGAAUGAGAUCCAAUGGCAUUACCAUUCAAAUAAAACCUCUUUAGCAGAAUUUUCACUUGGUCCUUUGUUUAUCAGCAAUUUGCAAUAGAAGAUAUGACACUUUUUUAAAAUUUUGAUUCUGAAUUCUUUACCGUAGGUAUGGAAUUGGCAUCAAAUUUUGCUGACAAGGCAGCCUCAGUGACUUGUGUUGGUAGAAGCAAUACUCCUUUUGCAAAUAUUUUUGGAGAGAAAAUUGGUGCUAUGCUGAAAAAGGUAUUGCAAAAGUUGUCUUCCUAAAGUAGUAGUUAGAAAUAACAACAAACUCUAAGACACUUACAGACAGAAGAAACCCUGCAUAUGGUUUAUGAUUACAAUAUUUGUCUUCUGAAAACUAUUUUGAAGAAGAAAUAACAAUAUCUUGAGACAGAGAGGUAAAAAUGCUUAGGUGUUAGGUGAAAAAUUGUCUGGAAUCCACACAGACAAGCAAGGUUUCACUGCUAGUGAAGUAAGUCUUAAAAAAAUAGGAUGAAGUCAACUAAUUUAUAUGACUGAGUGAUUGAAGUUAUCCUGUAUGAUUUCCCUUAUGACAUUAGGAGGCUUCAAGAAAAACAUACUUUAGUAAAAUAGUUAUUGCCAAUGAUAGAUUGAGACACACAAAAAAAUUUCCAUUACUGUGUUUUGGAAUGAAAUUUUAUAAUGAUUGUUUUUAUUGCGUUGUCUCAUCUUCCAGGUGCAUGAAAAUAAGGGUGUGAAAUUCAUCACUGAUGCAGCUGUAAAGGAAUUUAAAGGAGAAAAUGGAAAAGUAAGAAAUAAGAAAUGUAGAAUAUCGAAAAGCAAAAUUAAUGUCAUCAUACAUUUUACCUGUUUUAUUCAGUUCUUCCUAGAUGACAGGCUGUCUCUAUUUUUUUCUUAGUGCAUUACAAUGUGCCAAUGUCUUGUAUUCACCCCCUCUCGAUAAAUGCCCCGUCUUUCUGCCCUGUAGCAUCAAAGUAGGCAUGAUUGAGUUAGUUUGUGGUAAAACUCUGUUUUAUUGUUUAGUUGACAGCAGUUUGCUUCGACAAUGGCACAGAAAUUCCUGCAGAUAUUUGUAUUCAAGGUGUAGGUAGGUUGUACUUUCUUGACAUGGUUUAAUGUUGAUUUUGAUAUUAUAGUGAAAUGCAUCAAUGAAUUAUUGCACAUGAAAGAUGAAAGAACAUGUGAUAUGUUAAAUGAUCACUCUAAGGCUUAGUCUGCCACACAUCCGUUUUUAGUGUCGUCACACAAUGGCAACGAGGAGGAGCAUUGCGUGACGACCAUAAAAACGGCUGUGUAGCAGACUAUGUAAGGCUUGACUUGGAAUCGAACCUUGGCCUUUGUGAUGAUUGAACGCCACACACUACGCAACUGAGCCAGUCAAGCCAACAGGAUAGUAGGCCAUUAUUGUGAAUUUUUAAUAUUUCUGAUAGUUGAAAUAAAAAGAGAAUAUAUUUUGGAUUGAAUCAAUAAACUGCAGAUGGAAAAGUUGUUAUCUUGUAUUCAAAUUGAUUUAGCCAUUGAUCCUUCCAAAAUAAAUGGGAAGCCUUUUUUUGAGUAGAGUCAAGUAGUCUAAACAGGCCUACGUGUUUAGAAAGUGCAAAGGAUGCACACCUUAGUAGUAAGAAUUGAUUUUUUGCUCGCUCACGUCUUUCACUCACUCUGCCAUCUCUGAGAAAAUAAGUUAUUUCCGAUUUUGUGAAUUAAAGGCAAAUGGGCUAGUCAAUGAAAAGAACUUGCUUGAUUCUUUUUUGUGUGUAGUGUAAGUGGUUGCCUUUGUCUUCUCUAGGUGUUAUCCCUUCUACGGAUUUCUUGAAGUCUAGUGGAGUACCAUUGUCCAGUCGUGGGGAUGUAGUUGUUGACAAAGUAAGUGAUGCAAUUUAGGCAAAUCAGCCAUGAGUAACCAGCCACUAACUUAAUAAGUGCAGUAUAAAAAUAUCCGCAUAGAACAGUGAAGAAGCUUUCCAAGGAAACACUCAACAAAGUUUAAUACGGGAAGGUUCUUCCCCGAGGCCUAACCUCUUACCCUUUUACAUGCUAGUUUUGACAGAAAAGGUACCCAUUUCGUAUACCUUUUAUUAACAAAUGGUACCUCUUUCACAUGCCAAGUAUAGAACGCUGAAAAAUACCUGAGGCCUGAUAAGGGACCCUUUUUGGGCGGAGCCUCCUGGUAUUGGCUAUUAAAGGGAGUAACCCUUUCCCGGGCAUUAUCCACAGGAGCUGAGUGAAUGGCAUCUGCACGGACAGUGGACUUCCCCUCCUCCCACAUUACCUUCCCCUUCUUCUUCUUCAUCUGUUUCAUUCCUCCCCCACCUCAUCUCGCCCCAUCCCGGCUUGCCUAACUAAUAAUCGUAGCCAGAACCAACAGUUACUUGAAGACUGUUUUGGGAAAUUGAGGCCCAUUGCCCCACAAGCAGAAAACUAAUUUGAUGUUGUUUUUACGGCUGCUUCUGGUGGGAGGUGAGGUGGGGCGAGCAGACGGCCACAGGGUAGUAAGAGUUAGCUCCUCGAUGGGACUAGAUAGCCUGCAUUUUAAGAAAUGUUUUUUACUUCCGGCUGCUUUGUUUAAAAAUGCCUUGUAAUUUUUACAGUACCUGAAGGCAUGCGAGGGUGUGUUUGCUGCUGGAGAUAUUGCACACUUUCCUCUAAAGAUGUUGAACGGGGAGGCAGUUUCUAUCGGUCACUGGCAGAUCUCUCACAAGCAUGGUGUGUAUGGCUUUUUUAUUCGCCAGUUUGCCACAGAAACGAGAAGGAAACUGGACCGAGUUAACUUUUGCAAAGACUUCUGGGACUGUUACCAGGGGAUGGGGAAAAAUUGGCCAAUAGCAGAACGACGCGUCAUUAGUAACGAUCCCAGAAACAAUUGCAGGACGCUUUUUGGCUUCAGUUCCCUUUUCGUUGCUAGAGUAGCUACAGUCGACUCCCGAUAACUCGAACCUUUAAGGGAAAUCGAAAAAAGUUCGAGUUAUCGGGAGUUCGAGUUAUUGGGAGCUCGAAGAAAAUAGCCGAGAGUAAGGUGAAAAACAGUUUUUACUGCACAGUGAACAUUUUAAUCGCAUUUAAUUGUAGAAAUGUCAAGUGAAAAUUAAAAGAUACUUCUAGAUUAUAAAUCAGAACGUAACGUAACAAAACAUAGCCUAAAUAGAGCAUGCGUUUUACUGUUUUGAGAAGUACAGCUGCUUCACGUUAGCCUGUGACAAUCAACAUCGGCCUCCAUUAGUAAACUAUACUCCUACAACACGUUAAUAGGAAAUCCAAAAUUCAGUGUUUCGGACGCCAGUGGACGGCUUUUUUCCCGACUUUUUAAGGGUUCAAAACAUGGUUCGAGUUAUCGAGGGUAAAAUUAUAUAGAAAAUGACCUGAGGGGAAACGAAAACUGGUUCGAGUUAGCGGGAGUUCGAUUUAUCGAGGGUUCGAGUUACCGAGGGUAAAAUUACAGUAAAUGUAUGACGGAAAUCCAGGGGAAAUCGAUUUUGGUUCGAGUUAGCGCGAGGUUCGAGUUAACGGGAGUCGACUGUAAUUCUUCAGCUGUUGAUUGCUCAAAACCUACUUCCUGCUUUGUUCACUUCUGUCAGGGACUUUCAUGUUAUGCACUGUAUUGUGUUUAUAUUCAGGUCUUACAGCUGCGCGUAACAUGCUUGGACGAAAAGAAGAGAUCAACACUAUUCCUUUCUUUUGGACUUCCCAAUACGGCAAGAGUAUCCGAUAUUGUGGUAAGUUAAACUCAUUGUUAGCUCAUCUGCAACAUCGAUUUGUUAUUAUUUUAGAUCUGAAACUGGUGUAAGUAUUGGUUCUUUAACUUAUUUCAAAUCUCAUUAAAAUACACAAAGGCAAAGCCUCAGGAGCUGUCCGUGAUAACAAAGUCCCUGUGCAUACCUCUGUUUUAAUUUUUGCCAAGGGAUGUAUGUACUUAGAUGAGCCCAGGAUCGGAAGAAGGGAAUGAAAGAAAGACUGCAAGUAAAUUCAAUUUUUCUUUGGCUGGCUUUAGUUCAACGCGACUCAAAGAACCUGGGAACGAGUUUGCAAGAAAAUCAUGAUUUCAUCACCCAUCGCGCAUGUCUCGUCACUUCCGUCAACGCUUGUCUCUUGAAAGACCAGCUAAAGCGAGAAACAGAACAGUGGUGCAUAGCGAAAAAAAAACUGCAAGGAAUUCUUUUCUUGACAAGAUCCUCUUUCAAUAAUCAUCAUCUUUAUCGUUAUUUUUAAUUGAAAAUAGUUUUCUGUUUAUAUUAUUACCUGUAUUAGUGUAAUGUUUAUAUGUUUAGUGUGUUUUUGUGCGUUGUUGCUCAGGGCUCCCAUUGAUAACAGACAGCUUUUUGCGUCUGAAGGGGCUACCCUGAGCGGUAUAAAUUAAUAAAGGUUCUUCUUCUUCUUCUAUCAUCAUCAUCAUUACAUUCACUGUUACAGACAGUAUCAUCAACAAAUCACCGUCCGUCAUCAAGAGAGUCAUCUUUUAUCACUAAGUGCGAGAAAAAAGGUGUGAGAGAAAGUGGCGCGAGAUUUUUCAUCCAAUAGCGAAGUCAUGACUGGUUUUGGUAUACACUCUGAUGGUGGAGAAAAUUUAGAUUUUUUGACUGGUUUUAGUAUUUAUUCUGAUUGGUGAAAAAAUCGUUGCUGAAUGUUUCAGCGAAUCACAAAGUCAUUACCAGUUUCGGUUUGGGUGCUGACAACUGAGCGAGAUUUUUCAGCCAAUCAAAAGGGUAAGCAUAGCAAUCCUAAGUCGAGGACGGCCCUUGAAACGAGAUGCCAACUUUUGAAUCUUCAUUGGAAAAUAACUUUACCAUGUUCAGUUGAUGAAAUCAUUUUGACCAUGACAGUCAACUAAUUACUUUCGAUACUCAACUGUAACGUGCUAUAUCCCCAAAACAGCCACUUGUUUUGUUUUACUGUGUUUUAGCCUUCUCGACGUGGUGACAUUUAGCCACCAUUUCACAGUGUGCUCUUCUUCAGGCCUACCUUUAAAUCCACUCUUUUUGAUUUCAGGUCAUGCAAAAUCUUUUGAUGAUGUUAUCAUCGAAGGAGAUGUAGAUGAACAGAAAUUCACAGCUUACUAUGUCAAGUGAGUCUACUAGGUUUCUUUGAUGCUGCUCAGUCCACGCGCCAGUCGUUAACGACUGGUUUUGAUUCGUUUCCUGUAACGCACUAUACACAUAAGACAGCCUAACAGAAAGCCUGUACACCAUAACAGUAGCUGUAGGGCAAACUAGAACUAUACCUAAUAGGCCUGGUCUAUCAUAUUUCUUUAUCGUUCAGAAGUCACUUACAGGUAGUAGUAGCAGUAGUGGUAGUGGCAGUUGUCGUGGUCGUGGUUACUUUUACAAUCUGUUCAAGACAUGACGCUGAUUUAUUGCCAUUAUUGGCUUACUAAAAUUUAAAGAGGGCUUUACAAUUCAUAGAGUAACGGAGCUCAUAAACGGACUGAUAUCCGCAGUCAGCGUGGCGCUAUUAUGUGCUUAAUGUUCAUCAUUACCUUUCCUAACCUUUCCUUACCUUAUCUUAACUUUCCUGUAAUUACAUUACAUCACAUUACAUUGCAUUGCAUUGCAUUGCAUUGCAUUACAUUACAUUACUCAGGUGACUCAGAGGCCAUGAGGGCGAGAGGAAUAAUCGUUUUAGUAAAAUCCAACUAAUUGGUCAAAAAUAUCGAGACCAAACAACUUUAGCUGGCAAAACGCGAUUCAGCCGCCAUUGUUUUGGUUUUCAAAGCCGGCGCUUUUCGCUACUAGUGGGCAAUAACAUAUAGCCUAGUAGUAGCUCGACCAAUUAGAACGCAGCACUGAUAAUAGACCACUAGUUGGAUUUUGCUAAUACAUUACAUUACCUCCUUGGUUGAUUGUUUUGUCUCUUGUUUCUCCAGAGGUGACCGUGUUCUAGCUGUAGCUACCAUGGGGCCUGGGAACGCUUGUGCUAAGGCAGCUAAUCUGAUGUUUGAAGGGAAGAUGCCUUCUGCUUCUGACAUAAAGUAAGGGAACUCUAUAGUGAUACCUUUCAUGGCACAACAAAAUUCUAUCCAUAUUUUUUUAAAACCGGAAUAGAAAAAGCCCUUCUAAGAAAUCUAUAGCAGUACUGAUCGAAAUAUCUUCUGCCUUCUCUGGCUUUGAAUUAAGCUUCAAAACGUCAUAAUAAAUCGAGUUCAUUUCAAUACAUUGGGGGGGGGGGGGGGGGGUGUCAAGUGAAAAUUAAAAGAUACUUCUAGAUUAUAAAUCAGAACGUAACGUAACAAAACAUAGCCUAAAUAGAGCAUGCGUUUUACUGUUUUGAGAAGUACAGCUGCUUCACGUUAGCCUGUGACAAUCAACAUCGGCCUCCAUUAGUAAACUAUACUCCUACAACACGUUAAUAGGAAAUCCAAAAUUCAGUGUUUCGGACGCCAGUGGACGGCUUUUUUCCCGACUUUUUAAGGGUUCAAAACAUGGUUCGAGUUAUCGAGGGUAAAAUUAUAUAGAAAAUGACCUGAGGGGAAACGAAAACUGGUUCGAGUUAGCGGGAGUUCGAUUUAUCGAGGGUUCGAGUUACCGAGGGUAAAAUUACAGUAAAUGUAUGACGGAAAUCCAGGGGAAAUCGAUUUUGGUUCGAGUUAGCGCGAGGUUCGAGUUAACGGGAGUCGACUGUAAUUCUUCAGCUGUUGAUUGCUCAAAACCUACUUCCUGCUUUGUUCACUUCUGUCAGGGACUUUCAUGUUAUGCACUGUAUUGUGUUUAUAUUCAGGUCUUACAGCUGCGCGUAACAUGCUUGGACGAAAAGAAGAGAUCAACACUAUUCCUUUCUUUUGGACUUCCCAAUACGGCAAGAGUAUCCGAUAUUGUGGUAAGUUAAACUCAUUGUUAGCUCAUCUGCAACAUCGAUUUGUUAUUAUUUUAGAUCUGAAACUGGUGUAAGUAUUGGUUCUUUAACUUAUUUCAAAUCUCAUUAAAAUACACAAAGGCAAAGCCUCAGGAGCUGUCCGUGAUAACAAAGUCCCUGUGCAUACCUCUGUUUUAAUUUUUGCCAAGGGAUGUAUGUACUUAGAUGAGCCCAGGAUCGGAAGAAGGGAAUGAAAGAAAGACUGCAAGUAAAUUCAAUUUUUCUUUGGCUGGCUUUAGUUCAACGCGACUCAAAGAACCUGGGAACGAGUUUGCAAGAAAAUCAUGAUUUCAUCACCCAUCGCGCAUGUCUCGUCACUUCCGUCAACGCUUGUCUCUUGAAAGACCAGCUAAAGCGAGAAACAGAACAGUGGUGCAUAGCGAAAAAAAAACUGCAAGGAAUUCUUUUCUUGACAAGAUCCUCUUUCAAUAAUCAUCAUCUUUAUCGUUAUUUUUAAUUGAAAAUAGUUUUCUGUUUAUAUUAUUACCUGUAUUAGUGUAAUGUUUAUAUGUUUAGUGUGUUUUUGUGCGUUGUUGCUCAGGGCUCCCAUUGAUAACAGACAGCUUUUUGCGUCUGAAGGGGCUACCCUGAGCGGUAUAAAUUAAUAAAGGUUCUUCUUCUUCUUCUAUCAUCAUCAUCAUUACAUUCACUGUUACAGACAGUAUCAUCAACAAAUCACCGUCCGUCAUCAAGAGAGUCAUCUUUUAUCACUAAGUGCGAGAAAAAAGGUGUGAGAGAAAGUGGCGCGAGAUUUUUCAUCCAAUAGCGAAGUCAUGACUGGUUUUGGUAUACACUCUGAUGGUGGAGAAAAUUUAGAUUUUUUGACUGGUUUUAGUAUUUAUUCUGAUUGGUGAAAAAAUCGUUGCUGAAUGUUUCAGCGAAUCACAAAGUCAUUACCAGUUUCGGUUUGGGUGCUGACAACUGAGCGAGAUUUUUCAGCCAAUCAAAAGGGUAAGCAUAGCAAUCCUAAGUCGAGGACGGCCCUUGAAACGAGAUGCCAACUUUUGAAUCUUCAUUGGAAAAUAACUUUACCAUGUUCAGUUGAUGAAAUCAUUUUGACCAUGACAGUCAACUAAUUACUUUCGAUACUCAACUGUAACGUGCUAUAUCCCCAAAACAGCCACUUGUUUUGUUUUACUGUGUUUUAGCCUUCUCGACGUGGUGACAUUUAGCCACCAUUUCACAGUGUGCUCUUCUUCAGGCCUACCUUUAAAUCCACUCUUUUUGAUUUCAGGUCAUGCAAAAUCUUUUGAUGAUGUUAUCAUCGAAGGAGAUGUAGAUGAACAGAAAUUCACAGCUUACUAUGUCAAGUGAGUCUACUAGGUUUCUUUGAUGCUGCUCAGUCCACGCGCCAGUCGUUAACGACUGGUUUUGAUUCGUUUCCUGUAACGCACUAUACACAUAAGACAGCCUAACAGAAAGCCUGUACACCAUAACAGUAGCUGUAGGGCAAACUAGAACUAUACCUAAUAGGCCUGGUCUAUCAUAUUUCUUUAUCGUUCAGAAGUCACUUACAGGUAGUAGUAGCAGUAGUGGUAGUGGCAGUUGUCGUGGUCGUGGUUACUUUUACAAUCUGUUCAAGACAUGACGCUGAUUUAUUGCCAUUAUUGGCUUACUAAAAUUUAAAGAGGGCUUUACAAUUCAUAGAGUAACGGAGCUCAUAAACGGACUGAUAUCCGCAGUCAGCGUGGCGCUAUUAUGUGCUUAAUGUUCAUCAUUACCUUUCCUAACCUUUCCUUACCUUAUCUUAACUUUCCUGUAAUUACAUUACAUCACAUUACAUUGCAUUGCAUUGCAUUGCAUUGCAUUACAUUACAUUACUCAGGUGACUCAGAGGCCAUGAGGGCGAGAGGAAUAAUCGUUUUAGUAAAAUCCAACUAAUUGGUCAAAAAUAUCGAGACCAAACAACUUUAGCUGGCAAAACGCGAUUCAGCCGCCAUUGUUUUGGUUUUCAAAGCCGGCGCUUUUCGCUACUAGUGGGCAAUAACAUAUAGCCUAGUAGUAGCUCGACCAAUUAGAACGCAGCACUGAUAAUAGACCACUAGUUGGAUUUUGCUAAUACAUUACAUUACCUCCUUGGUUGAUUGUUUUGUCUCUUGUUUCUCCAGAGGUGACCGUGUUCUAGCUGUAGCUACCAUGGGGCCUGGGAACGCUUGUGCUAAGGCAGCUAAUCUGAUGUUUGAAGGGAAGAUGCCUUCUGCUUCUGACAUAAAGUAA